GUUAAUUAAAUAGAAGUAGAUAAAUGAUAACGUUAUAUUAACAACGUAUGUAAUCAGAAUGGUAAAAAAAGUAUGAUAAAGUGAGAACAAUAACACCUUCAAAGUAAAUUAGAAUAAGAACAACACCUAGUCCAGAAAGACCAAUAAAAAUGAAAUUUGCAUAAUCUCCUGUUUAAGCACUUUAUACAGCGUCAACAAAAGCAACAGCAAUAUUACCUUUAUAAAAUGAACAUAAAUAUACAAUGCCAGAAACAAGAUAAGGUUGUAGAGCAAUAGAACUUUCAAAUUAAUUAGGAAUAGUAAUAGGAGGGCAUUCUCAUAGAGAAUCAUUAGAAUUCAAUUUUAUGGAUUUAUAAAAUGGAUAAUGGAUGUAGAAGUAAUAAUUUUAGGAAUGGGAAUAUUUAAAAUAAAGAAUGAAAGAGAAUGAUACAAGAUUGGGGAGUCAUUUUUCAUUAAAUUAUGAUGCGGAAGAGCAAACAAUAUAUUGUUUUGGAGGAGAAAGAAUUUAAGGGGUUAGAAGAUAGAUUAAUAUAUUGAGUCAGAUAAAAAAUCAUUAAAUACAAUAAUUUGCGAUAUGUGGAAUAGGUGCAAGAAGGAAUCAUACAUCAACUUUGAUGGAUAAUCAAUUAAUAAUAAUUGGAGGAUUUGAAAUAAUGAAUACAAAGCCUAAUUAUUAUGGGGAUAUUCAAAGUAUUAAUUUAAGUACAAUGAGAUCAACAUAAUUAUUAAAGUAGUUUAUGAAAAAUGGAUUAGCUUAUCAUUAAGUGAUAAGAGUAUAUAAAAAGAAUUAAUAUUUUGAAGAGAAAGAGAAUGGUAUAUAUUUAUUUGGAGGGAAAGAUUAAGAGGAUAAUUUUAAUGGAGAUCUGAUAUAAAUAGUUAUAGGAAAUUAGGUUUAAGUUAAUGUAGUUUAAACAGUUGGAUAACAACCAAAGGCAAGAAGAAAUUUUACUAUGAACUAUGAUGAAAAUAGUCAAUGUAUAAUAAUAUUUGGAGGAAUGAAUGAUUUUGAAAUAUUUGAAGAUUUGUAUACUUUAAAUAUUUAAAGUAAAAUUUGGUGUAAUGUGUAAUUGAGUGGAUACUUAAAUUUGAAAGCUAGAUAUGACCAUUGCUCAUUAUAUUCAAAUGAAAAGCUAAUAAUAUUUGGAGGAUUGAAUGAAUUUGGAUAUAUUUUGUUUAAUCCGAUAUUAAUAAAUUUAAAAUUAAAAAGAUAAAAAUUGAAUCAUUAGGAAUGA